UCGGCUCGCGGCGGCGCCUCGGUCAGACUCGCGGCUCAGAGGAGAGUUCGGCUCCACUCUUGGAUUUUCCUCUUCCCCGUCGAGGCAGACCGCAACUGAAACCCGGAUUUUACGGCUGUCGGGAAGAACUCUUGCCGACGGGGAGGACGCUGAGCGACGUAGAGGAGGAUCGUUUGCUGUCUGAAAUCCCCCUGUGGCUUUGAAACAAAGAGAACUGCACUGUUACUUUCAGAUUGUUGGAGGCAGUUUGGAGUGACAAACUCUUGCCAGGGAGUUCUGUGAACCACGGAUUGUAACGAACACUUGAACAACACAUCAAGGGUGAAGUUGGUUCCAGCGUUUGGUACUUUCUGCUCCGCCAACUAGAACUCCAUGGCGACCAUUUUAGAACUUUGAGCCGUCCAUGUUUCUUUGGUGAUUUGGAGUUCGCCCAGUGGUCUGCAGCCCCUUCUGUGCCCUGUAGCUACAUGGAGGGUUUUCCUGUCCUGACCUAACAGGCUGCCACACAGACCAGCAGCCAUGUCGGCCUGCAGCACCUUUACUGAGCAUGUGUGGAAACCAGGCGAGUGCAAGAACUGUUUCAAACCCAAGAGUCUGCACUGUCUGGCUCAAACUGGUGUGGGCAAGCUGCCUCCUGAACAGAGGCUCACAUCAAAUCAGCCCCAGAAUCCACCCCCUUGUGGGACCAAAGCAAACCCUAAUCUCAACAGCAGCUCCCAGAGGGCUGGAAGUGGAACGGCACGCUCAGGAAACUUCCGUCCACCAGUGGCCAAGAAACCAACAAUUGCUGUUAAGCCCACCAUGAUGGUGCACUCCUCCUCACCUGGGCUGGAUUCAGAUGGGAACCUGCAGCAACCAACAAAUUUAAUAAAACAAAGCAAAACAUCAGCUGUUUCAGUCCGCAAUCGCAAUGGGCUGGUUAGUAAGAGGCCUGGUGAACCAAACAACAACAAUGAAGGUGAAGACAGCACUGAUGGAAUUGUUGGUUAUGGACCAAUGAGUCCAAGAACACCCAGUGGAAAUAACAACAGUGGCCUAGCAGAUGUCCUUAAGGAGAUUGCUGGUUUGGGCUCCAGCCCUACUGACUUAUCUGGAUCCAAGGACUUAUUUAUGGGACGAAUCAGCAGUUCAUAUAGAAGGUCUUUGGAGAGGGGUCUUCCGGCCUCUAGCUGUCUGGCUAUUGGAAGCAGCGUUAGUACAUCUCAAAAACGCGUUUCUCUAAGUGAAAGUGCAAAGGUCAUUAGUACAGAGGGGGGUCGCUUCUGCUAUCCAGAGUUUUCCAGUGAAGACGAUUAUGAUGACGAUGAGGAUGAAGACGACGACGAUGAAGAUACUGAAAAAAAUGACAACGAACAUGAAAGCUGGGAUGAAAGUGACGAGGAGUUACUCGCCAUGGAGAUCCGUAUGCGAGGACAACCACGAUUCGCAAAUUUCCGCGCUGCAACUUUGUCCCCCGUGCCCUUUGCGGCAGGAAAAAAAUGGAACACCGUGCCGCUGCGUAAUCGCUCCCUGCAACGGAUUUGUGCUGUGGAUUAUGAUGACAGCUACGACGAGAUCUUAAAUGCCUAUCCCUCUGUGAACUCGAAUGGAGGUCUGCUUCCCUACGAACCUUGUGAAACUCAAAACAGUCCUUUUAUGUCAAAUUCAGAGUCCACCACAUCUCCAGAGUCUUCGUCGUCCCUUCCAGAGGAUUCCCAAACAACCUCCAGCAGUGGGAGCAGUGCCAACUGUGUCCUCAAGAACAGAAUCAAUUCACCCACGCCUUCUAAGGCGCCUAUCCUCUGUACUUCGUCUUCAAACCAAGAGACUGUUAUUGUUCCAACCAGCCCACUUAAAGUUGCUGAAACACACAAGGCUGUCCUCGCCAUAAGGUUAGAGGAUCAGGAAGGCAGGGAGCGCAUGCCGAUGCCCCAAGCUCUUCCAGGUCAACCAGUCACUAUAAGUUUUAGUCCCACUGAGGAGCAAGCUAAACCGUAUCGUGUGGUCAAUCUGGAAAAAUCAAUGAUAUGUAAGCCGUACACUGUAGUAGAUGUGUCUGCAUCCAUGGCUAAUAAAGAUGAACAGACUACAGAUUCUUCACUGCAAUCCAGAAACUUUUCAAAGCCCUCCAGCCCUUUGUUAUUCUGCAGCACUCCUGUAACCCAGCUGUCCUCUCCAAAGUCUCCUCUUUCCUCAUCCCCUUCUAUAAUUCCAACAUCGCCUACAUCAGUGGCUCCAUCUCCCCAAAAGAAAACUGGAAUCAUACGCUACCAGGAGGUGUGGACAUCAAGUACAAGUCCUCGCCAAAAGAUCCCUAAAGUUGAUUUGGGAACUGGAAAUAAUUCUGGGCCUUCUGUUACAACUCAGUUUUGCAGUCACAAGUCCGCCCCCACUUCUCCUAUUGCCGGGUUGUCCUCCUCCCGAACGGUGCCUGUAAAAUCCCCCAAUUUAUCAGAGAUCAAGUUCAACAGUUUCAACAAUGCGGGGAUGCCUCCUUUUCCGAUUAUCAUUCGAGAUGAGCCGGCCUACGCCCGCAGCUCCAAGAAUGCCGUCAAGGUGCCAAUAGUUAUCAAUCCGAGUGCGUAUGACAACCUCGCUGUGUACAAGAGCUUCUUGGGACUCCACGGUGAGCUGGGACAGGCAAAAGGAGCUGGUGGCAGGGUGACCAGCCACACCUAUGAGGAAAUUGGGUCCUCUGAGAGCGUCCAGUCUUCCUCAACGGAGAGAUCUUUCUCUGGUAGAGGCACAUCAGAACGAACCUCAUUCGAGGAGCCAAAAUGUGCACCUGACUUAUUAUCAAAAGCAUCAAAUCUGCAAUCCAGAACCACUACAGAGUCUAGCACUGUGAUGAGCUCCAUGACAGGGCCCUUAUCUCUCACUACUUCAACAAACACUCUUGUUACUAUUACAGAAGACCGUACUAAAUCCAGUCCGACUGUUACCCAUACAACAGGUACGACAAGUGAAGAUGCUAGUGGCAUUAAAGAAGAUGAUAAAGACCAAUCGUUUCCCUCUAGAUCAGUGGGAAGCCACAGGGAGGAGGCCAGUGCUGUACUGUCACAGAUCGUGGCCUCCAUCCACCCUCCAAAAUCCCCUCCCGAGUCACCCUCGACAUAUGAUAAUUCCUCCACGUCUGAUGAACUAUACGCCCUACCACCUGACGCCAUAAAGGAGACUCUUAAUCGGCCUAAGUCUCUCUUUUCCACCACUGAUGGUUCCCUCUCCAAACCAAAGGACAAUCCUUCAAAAGUUCUAUCUAAGUCCCAGAGUGCUUCUGCUGCUGUUCCCCUCUCCUGUCCUCGAUCAGAGCCUAACGCCCCUUUCCCUCCUCCAAGAUCGACAUCUUCCCCCUACCAUGCCUCCAACAUACUCCAAAGACAUUUCAGCAAUUGGACUAAGGCCGUUGCGUCUAGUUCACCAGUGCAACACAUAGAAGGUGAAGCAAACCCUGCUGGAGAAGGAAAGCGUGUCACAACCGAAGGCUCCAAACCCAAACGCUGGAUCUCCUUCAAGAGUUUUUUCCGUCGAAGGAAAGAUGAAGACGAGCAGAAGGAGAAAGCGGAAAAGGACAAGAAAGGCAAGCUGCUUGGACUCGACGGUACCGUUAUCCACGUUCUUCCACCGCCACCUGCUCAGCACCAAAACUGGUUCACUGAGGCCAAACCAGAGGACCCUAGCCAGAAGCCAACUAUUAUAUUCACAUACAAACCAGAUGCUGGCAGCAGCCCCUGUGAAGGAGAAGGACAAGUACAAGUAGAAGGAAGCAUAAACAAUGACCUGCUUGCACAAGAUGGGGAGGAUAAACCAAAACAGACGCAGUCCUCAGAGACUGUUGGAGGAGACUUCAUCAGUAAAGACCUCAGCCAGCUACCAGUAAGCAGCAGCAGAGAUCGGGAGCUGCCUACGAUCACCCCCCUGCCCCCCAAAGUGAAUCUGGGCCUUGUGUUUGGGGAGCGAGAGGAGGCCUUCGCCAACCUGAUCAUCAGGGCCGCUUCAGCCAGCGAGGGCAGCGCCAGCUUUGGGGAGCCCGAGGAGGAUGGCACUCGCUCACACCGCUCCGCCUCCCCCUCUUCCAGCCAGUGCAGCGCCACCUACAGCAACCUAGGUCAGUCCCGAGCUAACAUGAUCCCACUGAAACAGCCGCGGAACAUCAAAGCGUCCAAUGACACCUUGACCUCCAUCGACUUUGAAGGCUCAGCGGAGCAGCCGCAGCCUAAAGCCACGCCCCCGCCGCUGCCCAAGAAAGUUCCUCGCUCCGUCACUGAACCCAGCCUGGCAGCUCUCAAACCUCGGGCUGAGGCCAAACCAGGCGGCACCAACCUGAGCGUGGCCAACCCUCUCUAUGACCUGGACUCCACCUGGGAGACGGCGAGCCAGAGCUCGUCUCACAGCUCGGAGCCUCAUCGAGCUCAGGGCCAGGAGAGCGGCGACUCUUUGGAGAGACCCUCAGCUGUUACAUCUGCCGACAAGACAAACAGUGCUUCCUCCCUGGCCUCCCAGCCUGCUGCCCCGAGCGUCACCUCUGGCAGAGAGAAGAAAGUCUUCCUGAGCACAGAGUCUCUGGGUGAGAGAGGUCAGGCCUCAGGUCGAGGUCCUGCUGGAGCAGCGAGCUCCAAACCACAGAUUCCUGGUCUGUAUAAGGGACUGGACAGCUGGGAUGAGGUCGUGGGGAGGAUCCGGGGGCUCCACAUGGACACGCUGCGGAAGCUGGCGUCCAAAUGUGAGGACCGUUUCAUGGCCGGCCAAAAAGAUCACUUAAGAUUCGGCACAGACAGCUGGUCCCACUUCAGACUGACCACCGGCAAACCUUGCUGCGAGGCGGGAGACGCCGUUUACUACACCGCUUCUUAUGCCAAGGACCCGCUGGUCAACUACGCCAUCAAAGUGGUGCAGAUCUGCCGGAGCCACAUGAAAGAGACCCAGCAGCAGUUCUUCCACAGUCUCGCUGUGCGGCAAAGCCUGCCGCUCCAUUUCAACAUCCAGCAGGACUGCGGACACUUCCUGGCAGAUGUCCCGACCCGUCUGCUGCCCUGGGAGGAGGAAGACGAGGGGGAAGAAGUGAAGAGGGAUGCAGAAGGACUGACAGAAACGGAGAAAGACCUGAACACAAAACUGACCGACUCUUCCCCAAACGGUAAACUAGGAGAGAGCGCGGCACCGGCGGCUACGACGGUGGGCCGCUUGAGAAGCCGCGUGGUGGUGAUCACACGCGAGGUGCCUUUCCAGACAGUGGCCGACUUUGUCAGAGAUGGCGCCGCCAGGCAUGCCCAGAACCCGGAGCUGUACGAGCGUCAGGUCUGCCUGCUGCUGCUGCAGCUGUGCUGCGGCCUGGAGCACAUGAAGCCUUUCCACGUGACCCACUGCGACCUGCGCAUGGAGAACCUGCUGCUGGUCCACUGCCAGCCAGGGAACCUCUGGAACCUGGACUUACUCGAGCCCAACAACAACAGCAGCAGCAGUUCGGGCGCCACUUCCUCCAACGCCACCUGCCCCGCCCGCCUCAUCAUCAGCAACUUCUCCCAGGCGAAGCAGAAAAGCAGCCUGAUGGUGUCAGAUCCCGGGACGCUGCGGGAUCAGUCCAGGUUGGCACCCGAAAUCAUCACGGCGACACAAUAUCGGAAAUGCGACGAGUUCCAGACUGGGAUUCUCAUCUAUGAGAUGCUGCACCGCCCCAACCCGUUUGAGGAGACGCCCCAGCUGAAGGAGAAGGAGUACACGUGGGCGGACCUGCCGGCGCUCCCCGUCAGGUCGCUGUACUCGCAGGGCCUGCAGCAGCUGGCCCGGCUACUGCUCACCGUCAACCCCUCCGAGAGGAUCCGCAUGUCCGAAGCCCGAGCCUGCCUGCAGUGCCUGCUCUGGGGCCCCCGAGAAGACCUGUUUCAGGCCUUGGGCUGCAGCAGCGCCGGCCCCAUGUCGGGGGCCGCGGCCAGCCAUCAUGAAGCCACGCUGCAGAACUGGCUGGACCUGAAGCGGACGCUGAUGAUGAUCAAGUUUGCCGAGCGCUCACUGGACUCGGCCUGCAGCGUGAGCCUGGAAGACUGGCUGUGCUGCCAGUAUCUGGCGUUUGCCACCACAGACAGCCUGAGCCGGGUGGUGCACAUCCUGCAGCAGCGCACGCCACCGCACAACCAGAACCAAACCAAAACACAACCCGCAAACCCCCUCCACCUGGCUCCACCACAGCCUCUCUGAGCUCCUGCACUUCGCUGUUCCCAUAGCAACAGAUCCAGAUUGGUGAAGUGAUGCUGGUGGCGGCUUUGUUGUUGCAGCAGCCACAGUGCUCCCAUGACAGCUGCAUGUUUACCCAUCAGGCCUCAGUGACAGAGCCAACAUCCAUCAGGAAGAAAAUAUCUCUAACUUUAGGGAGGAGGGAUGUUUCACUUCUGAUCUCAAAAUAGUUUAAAAAGCCGCGAGAUGUUCAGGUUACUUCUCCAAUUGAUGAGCGCACACAACAUGACCUGAAAAAUAAAACAUUUGUGUCAGCAGAGGGAAAGGAAUGCAGAAAAAUCUCUGAUUUUUCAAACAUUUAAGAUUAGUUGACUUUUAAUCCCAAACUAAUGUUCUGUCGCUGAAGGCAAAUAUCAAAGCCACUUUCAUGUAGAGUCUGCAAGCAGACUGAUGAGCUCAGACGCUCUCAUCUUUUCAAAAUAAAAGAGACCCUGUGUUUGGAAUUAGCUGCUCCUGCAGCUCUCCUCUGCAGAAAACAGUGUCUGUUCUGACACAGAAGAAACAUGCGACAUAGCUGCUCAGUCUGCAGCUGCUCAGUCUGCAGCUGCUCAGACUGCUACUCCGGCUGCAGCUGCUGCUGCUCAGUCUGCUGCUGUUUAGCUUCCUUUUUGGAGUUUGUGCAAUCAAAGUAGUCAUUUUGUUUUCUCUUCCUUAAUGUAACAACACUUGGAAGGUUCUUCAUGGUUUUUUUGUUUUUUUUGACAGUGGUUUUGUACUAACCUUCUCUUACAGCUGUUUUGUGGCACAUAAAUGGAUCAUUUCAGCGGUCUCUCACAUCAAACCGGGUGAGGGUGGACGUUUGCACAGUCGGUGGAUGGAGAGCAAAGAGCAGAAAAGACAGAACAAAGUUGCUGUGAAUUUGAGGAUCUGAAAUUUGUCUUGUUUUUUUCUGACUGUCUGGACUGAAACCAACAUUUGGACAUGACUUUAUCUUCUCCAGAAACAUUUUUUUUCUACAAAUGAACCACUUUGCGUGUUUGUAGUCGGGAAGGCCUUGAAGAAAAAGGAUGAAUCCUGCCACUAGGAUCUGAAGGGUUUGACACUAAACAGAUUCAGACCAAAACAGUUACUCAUCUGGUAGUUUACAUUUUGUUUAACAAACGGUUAAAUCAUACCCUCAAGCACAGAACUGAAACUACAAGAAUAAAUGUUACUAGUUUACGUCAUUACUCGGUUUGUUUUACUGCAGAUUUGCAGCAUGAACUGGUCCACAGCGUGAAGAUAAGACAUCGUGGGGGGAGUUUGUUGUGUGCUGAGGAGUGUGUGGGUUAGCACUGGUGGCUGACCUUGUGUCCAGAGUUUUAGGCCUUUGUAUUGUAUAAAUAAAUAUAUAUAUAUAACCUUUAUUUUAAUCCACAGACUAUUUUGUCAAGUACAGAGCACCUUUCUUUCUGCCUGUAGAGUCUCAUAAUCGUUUAUCCCUGAAAGCCGUACUUGACUUUCUUCCUCCUCGCAUGUCUCGAGGAAGGGAAAGUAGUUACCACUGUCCUGCACAAGUCGAGAUCGCUCUGAGAGGAUGUUCACAUUCUGCUGCGCUCCUCAGUAUUUUUCAGCUCUGUUUAGGAGAAGAACCACUUUGACUGUGGAUUUUCAAUGCAGCAUUUAAAAAAAAGUCCAAAGUGCAUCAACUGUAUGACAGGAGGGUUUUGUCUGUUUUUAGUCGCCACUGGAGCCAAAAGCAGAGACUCUGGAAGGUGUUCCAUACAGAUGUGUGCAGUAUCUCUCCUGACUUGUUGCCUGUCAAUGUUUAGCAACUCUAACAAAACAAUAAAUUUAUGUUUUUUAUAUAU